AUGGUUGGUCUGCGACUGGCAGCAGUUCAGUAUUUCGGACACGGCAUACAUGCAGUGGACUUGCCCCAGGAGACUGUCAUCAAAUUCAACAAGAGCUUCAUUGUCGUGCAAAUGUUAUAUUUCGCUGAUGUCGUCACCACAAAAGCAGCCUUUGUUGGUAAGAUUGCUAUACCGACAGCCUUCUUAUUCCUUUACUACCGAAUUUUCGGCGUCAUGUUUGGUUCCGGCGCACGUUAUAUUUCCUUGCGUUCUUACUUGUCGCGUUCCUCAUUACUUGCCCGACCGUCGCCGUGGCCGGAUGUCAUCCCGUAUCGUACAACUGGAAUAAACAUCAGCCUGGGAAAUGGGAUCGCAAACAUCAUUCUUAACUUUGUGAUUUUCUGUCUGCCAGUCCCUAUGACAUUGCGUUUGAACACGACUGUCCGGCAAAAAUUGAUUAUAUCUAGUAUUUUCAUCCUAGGAUUCUUUGUCUACGUUGUUUCUAAUAUCCGCAUCAUCGCUUUCAGUGGCUCCAACCCAAAAGACAUGACUUGGAGCACCGUCCCGACAGCAACGUGGUCUUCUAUUGAACAAGCAGUUUCUAUCAUCUGCACUUGCUUGCCGACUCUUCGUCCUUUAUUCACGAGCUUCUACGGUUCCACCAGUAGUAAUUCCAAAAAAAGAAAAUAA